AUGUCGGUCGAAUCUGCAUCUGCCAAAGUACGACGUUACACCGAAAACUUGAAAUCGGGCUUUGAGCCAAAACGUGCCCUUAAAAGAUUGUACGAAAUCGAUGCCGAUGCGCAAUUUUAUCAAGAAGCCGACACUCGAAAAUAUCUGAAAAGAUAUCUCGAAGACGAGACAUGCAAGAAGUAUGCGGCGAGGCUGCGUCAAAAAUUGCGCGGCCACGAGAAAAUCAUCAACGAGCAACGCAAACGGCAUCGUAGCUCGACGAAUAAUUGCGACGUGUCUUCUCAAGGAGCGCCGCCGCUCAAAGAGCCGAAAACCGAACAAUUAUCCGCCGACGAUUUCGCGAGAGCGAUUUGCGGCGGAACGCCGAAGGCGAGUUUUCAAAGAACACCGGUCAAUAUUGAUUAUUCCAAAUACAAGGUGGUUUCGAAAACCGUUGUGCCAAAGGCCGAGCCGCCAUCGCCAAAAGAAGAUAAUGAUGUAAAUAUACCAUCAAGCAGUCGUGUGUGCUUAUCAUCGACUGACGUGAAACCAAACGUUGAAACGAUAUCGCUUCAUGUCAGCGAUUCACGAUCGGAGCCAGCGCCAAAGGCACGACCAAAAGCUGCGGUUGGGAGCCGCUCGCAAGACGAUGAAAAAAUGUUCAAGCCGAGAAAAGAUCGCCAGAAGGUGUUCGCCGGACGCAAGAAGAAUGUUCACACAGAAGUUCCAUCACUCAUGAAGGUGUGCCAGAAUGUUAUAGCUCAAAAUGUCAAUUCGCUUGGUUACGUCGGUUGGACUCCGUAUAUUCUUCUGAAACCGGCGUUGACACGAUGCAAUAUUGAGCAGCUUCGAAAAAUUGUAGAUAUGAAUCCGACAUUGGCCGAAGAUGCUGACGAAUUGUUCCAUGAAUACGUGAAACGCGAGUUUCCAGCGAAUGAGGACAAAACUGAUGAAAUGUCCUGGCGCGAGCUUUACGAUCAGUUGGUUAUUAAAAAGGAAAGGUAUGACAGCAAAAGAUUGGCGAUGCUUGCUGAUCGAAUUGCUUGCCGUACUAACAAUCACGAUUCUGGAAGGCGUACGAUGGUUAUCGAAUCAGCGCAUGCUAAUGUUCGCCGAGCGUUCACAAGCUCGCGCCCGACGACCCAGAUGCUGCCGACGCCGUCGGCCGUUGAACUCUCGCAGGCGAGAAAAAACGUGUCAACUCAAGGACGAGCUCAACUAAAUGCUUUACAAGGCCCUAUUCGCAGUGCGGUUCAGACGGCGAGGCCAGCUAGAAAGACAGUCGCACCAUUAAUGGCCAAAGUGAAGAAAAUGCUUGGUCGAUGA